UAGCCAACAUGGCUUGCAGACCUGGAAUGGUUCUGUGGGUCCUCUCCAUCCUUUGCCACAAACAGACAUCCCAGUUGCUCUUCCAGCAUCAGCACCGCCCUUUACGCACAGAGAGGGGAGAGCCACUGGUACCCUACCAAGCCUCCAGAGGGGGAUAACUGCUGCUUCCAGGCACCGGGAAUCAAAGGAGCUUUUGAACAAGGUAUCAUCUCUGGCCAAUUCCCAGAAUCUCUGUUUACCAGUGCCUAAGUCUGGGAAGGGUUCCAUGUCUGGAGUGGGCAGCCAACGGUUUUUUACCUCUUCGACUUCACUCAAGGGGAAACCCAACCUCAGGCAAGACAACGGCAAGGAAGAGCAAGUUUGGGGGCAAGGGAACUCAUGGAACAGCUGUGCAACCUGCAGCUUCUGUCCCUGUAGCACCAGCAAGACAGUGAGGCGAAUCCUGGUCGCCUGCCUGGUCUCCGCGGCCACCCUGAUGGGGAGCAUCUCUCUGGAUUUAAGCAAAACUCUGGAAUCAUGGAGGAACACCAAGGCGGCCCUCGCCAGCAUCCCCUCCUGCCAGACCGCCUGGGUCCUCCAUCUCGCCAGCCUCUUCCGAGAUGAGAUUCGUUGCCAGGAAGAUGGCGAGGGCAAAGGCCUGAAUGCUUUCUCCCUGGAUCGCGCGUUGGGGAAGUUUGCCGUUUCCUGCGAGGGAUCUGGAGGGAACUUCCGUGGGAUGCAGCUGCUGUGCAAGGAAGACUGUUGGUGCCAAACUUUCGCCAGCGAGAUCAGGGAAAGGCUGAACGGCACCCAAGCAGCGGCGAUGGUUCUUGGCAGGAUUGUUUCCGAAAUUCUCGAGGUGCUUGGGAGUCCUGAGGAGGACCUCGAAGCGAUAAAGUCGAACCCGGAUUGGGUUGACGUGGCGUCCCACAGAGCCAUCCUCAGAACCAAAGCAGGCUUUCUGAAGUCCCGAGAGAUGGCUCCAUCGUUUUCUGUGGAUGCCCAAGGCCUAUGGUACCAAAUGUCUGCUGUUCUGACCUAUGGCGUAUUUGCAUCUGAAAGUGUUCGAGGGUGUUGGGCGGAGAAACCAAACCUCUCCAUCUCUUCCACCCAAUAUGGGGGCGUCCCGGUUUUCUCCCCACCACCCUCGCCAUUGCCACCGGAUGAGCGUUUGGUGAAGGACUUGGAUUCCUUCCAGGCCUGCUUGUGGGAGAAGAGCCGGCAGAGGCUGGGCAAGAAAUCCAGAGACAUCCUCUCUCUGGUGAGCCUCAAGAUCAGCCUGCUGGCGGUUGCCAGCCUCAUCUACCCCAUCGUCCUGGUGUUGUUCAAGGAGAUGACAGAUUGGAUCCGGAAUUACGCCAGGAGCCUCAAGGAACGGACGGAGGAUUUGAAGCGCGAGCGGAGCUUGGCCGAGGACCUCCUGCACCAGAUGUUGCCCAAAUCCGUCGCCAAGCAGCUGAGGAAACGCAAGCAUGUGCAGGCGGAAAACUACGACCAGGUAACCAUCUUCUUCUCGGAUGUCGUGGGCUUCACCAGCAUUGCUGCCUCCUGCACCCCGUUACAGGUGGUUGAGAUGCUCAACAACCUCUACGUCUGCUUCGAUACCCGGAUCGAAUCCUACGAUGUUUACAAGGUGGAGACCAUCGGGGACGCCUACAUGGUCGUGAGCGGCUUGCCAGAGAGGAACGGCACAAAGCAUGCCGACGAGAUCGCCAAGAUGGCCCUGGACUUGGUGGCUGCCGUCCGGCAAGUCGUGAUACCCCACAUGCCCAGCGGCAAGCUGCAGCUACGGGCCGGGAUUCACACAGGUCCCUGUGUGGCUGGCGUCGUCGGAUACAAAAUGCCUCGCUAUUGCCUCUUUGGUGACACGGUGAACACGGCCUCUCGUAUGGAGUCCACCAGUUUGCCUCAGAAGAUCCACAUCAGUUCGGCCACAUACCUUGCGCUGCUGGAGGACGAUGCCUACGACAUCGAGCUGAGAGGGGAGAUUGAAGUGAAGGGAAAAGGGAAAAUGAAGACUUACUGGCUGCUUGGGAAUAAGAAUUACAGCAUCCAGAACGAUAGCCUCGUGUGCCACUGGAAUCCGGCGUUAUCGCAGAAGAAGAGGAUGGAUCUCAGCCUCGCCUCCAUCCGGAAAUCAAGCACAGGUACAGCCGAGACCCUGGCGGAGGAGAGAAGCAAGGCAGCACCCCAUGAUCAGAGGGUUUCCCUUGGCCACCAUGGGACGAAGCCGCUUGACGUGACCAUCGGCGACGGAAGCCAAGGGCACGCCAGUCCUGCUUUCCAAGAGAGCCCGAGGGCAAGUCACCUCCACCUUUCUGGACCCCCGAAUUCAAGAGAGGAGGAGAGAGGCCCAGAUUUACUGAACCACCAACGGCACCGCCCAGACUGCGAGAGGCUGCAGCUGCAAAAGACAGAGCUGCUGCCAGGGUUUGUGGGUGCUGUGUGA